GAAGAUUAUCAACCAUUUGGGUUUUGGUUAUACGUCAUUAAAAUGUUUGCAUGAUAUAUAAGUAGCUAAUUUAUCUAGUCUUUUGGAGCCUUCUCGUACUAGCUAGUUAACGUUAGCACAACAAAUUAGCUACCAGCUGUGAGCUCACCAUUUAAUUUCUUGGUUAGCUUUCUCUCAGUCUGUAUUUAUUAUAUGAAUAGGUUUUGAAUUUGGGCUAUGUUAACCUUAAACUUUAUAGCUGGAGUAGUGGUAACGUUAGGACAACUGCUGAAGUGCGACACAUUAUGUUAUCUUACCAGGAAUAUGACUACUUUGCUGAACAAUUUGUUUUGCUAAGUUGAACAAAAACAGUCCUCGGGAAGCCAAAAGUUAAAUGCAAUUCAAUUUCAACGUAACGUUACUGUGCCCGCGGACAGGACGGUUGGUCAUUUUGACGAAGGUGGGAGUAAAAGAGUGCUGAAGUAUGGCGGCGGAGCAGCAAAGAGGGAUCCGAGUCACUCAAGCAGAGCUUCUCUGCAAGGAUGCGUGUGGUUAUUAUGGCAACCCUGCAUGGCAGGGAUUUUGCUCCAAGUGCUGGCGAGAACGAACCCGUAAAGCAGAGGCGGACAGGCAGGAGACUGGGCCCCACAAUGAUGCAGGUUCUCCCCUCACCUUUUCUAAAUUUGAGGAGAAGAAGAAUAUGGAGAAGGGUCGCAAAGUGAAUACGAUGAGGAGGCUCUUCUGGGGUGGACCGUCCCCUCCUAAACGCCCAGAGUCUUCAGAGGGCCAGGUGGCUAUAUUAAAAGCCUAUCAGAGCAUUGAGCCAGGGGAUUUUACCAGCUUCCUGAAGCUGCUGAGGAACCCAUCCUCUCAACGUCUGCAGUCCCGUUGCACUGCUUUCCUCAACACCAUGGAGGCUUACCACGGCCUGCCAGUGCAGAAGCAAUCUGACCUUGUUCAAGACUUUUACCAGAACAUCGCUGUGCAUUUCAGUAGUCUUUCAGAGAUUCAGGUCUCUCAGAUGAUGGAGCACAUGGAGAAGCUGAUCAUGACGCGUCUGCACAAGUGGGUGUUCUGCCAUGACAGCUGUGACGAUGAAGUGAAAGACUUGGCACUCCAGAGGAGGAUACGGUCCUUAAACUGGGUCACCCCCCACAUGCUGAGGGUGCCUUUCCCUGACGAGCGGGCUGAGGUUGUCAGUGAUCCCUUUUUGCCUGCUAUAACAGCCAUAAUCGAGAUGGAUGCCAAGCGUGCGCCACAGGACAAGCUUACAUGCGUAUGUAAGUGCAGUCAGAAUGUCUUCCAGGCUCUCUCCACUUCCAAUAGUGAGCCAGCAAAUGCUGAUGACUACCUGUCUGGCCUGAUUUACGUAGUACUAAAGGCCAACCCACCCCGGCUUCACUCCAACAUGCAGUAUGUGAUCCGCUUCGGCCUCCCUCACAGCCUGAUGGCAGGAGAGAGUGGCUACUACUUCACCAAUUUGUGUUGUGCAGUGGCCUUCAUUGAGAAGCUGGAUGGGCCAGCACUCAACCUAAGCCCAGUGGAGUUUGAGGGCUACAUGCAGGGUCGCCGUGCUCCCUCAAAGAGGGGCAGUGAGAGGCAAAAGAUGGCCAGGGAGACGCAAGACCAACUAGAGGACCUGAAGGGUCGACAGGAGAAGGUGGACCAAGGACUAAAUGCCCUAAAAGAGCAGCUACAGCAUUGGGUACAGUCUGUCAAGGCACAGAUAGAUGAGGUAACAUUCCAGUCUGCUCUGACACAAGAAGAAAUUAAAGCCCAGUCAGAGUUUUUGCAAAGCCAUUCUGUCUCUACUCUAACACAGGCAGAUGAUGUCAAAGACCAGUCAGUGUUGUUGCUAGAUGGUCAAGAGUCCAACAACAACACUUGUCUAACAGAGGCAGAGUGUUAGCCAUAUUAAGACUGGGGUACAGUGGGAAACCUUUUUACCCUGGUUCUUCAUGCUUGUGUGAGCUUUGUGGGGUAAAUAUUAGUGAGUUGCAGGUGAUUGGCUAAAAUAAGUAUUUAUGUAGGACUAUAGGAAGUAGCUUAAUUGAUAACAGAGGUACCAAAUAAGGGCAUACUUUUUUGGUUCGGCGGGAUCCUCAAAAGAGAAACAGACCUCAACAUUCCUUGAUGCCAACUUUGCACACCAAAAGCACAACCUGAUGACAAAUGCCGAUCUUGAAACCAUUGUUAACACAAGCAAUUAUUUUUUGCUAUUUGGUUUAACGGGUCACAAAGUGCUGUCAUCUGUUUACAUUCUUGACCUUGUUUAACGUUUCUAAGGUUCUCUUAUUUGUUUGUACGUUACUCUCUUAUCUACAAGAAAUGUGCUCUUAUAUGCUGUCAGAGAAAAGCUAUGUCUUGCACCCUGAAGUUUAAAUAUCAGGACAGUUGGACAAUUAUUUUUGUAAUUUAGCACUUACUUGGGUAGUGAGCAGACUUACUAUUGAUUGCUGCUAUCAUAUUUCUUAGAUUACUCAAUUAAGAUAAACCCAAGUGCCUUUGCAAAAACUAGUAAUGAAGAUUGUGAAUAAAAUGUGAAACCUGUUAUUGUAGAACCCUGUAAAGUAGAGGUGGCUCAGUCAAAGUAGAAUACUUUAUUUGAAUGUUUGUGAUUAUGGAUUACGUCUUACUUUCCAAUAUUAGACUGUUGAAGGUACAGUUACAAUCCCUUGCAUAUACCUGUUCUUGUUUAAAAGCUGAUUCUAUUCCAUGUAAUCAUUCUACUCAUUAAUAGCACUAACUUUUGUGAAGAACCUUGUUUACAUGUUUUAAAUAAAAUUUUCUGAAGAUCA